AUGGCCGCGUUCCCACUUUUCUCCCUCUCCCGUAUUCCCCUGAAGUGCGUGUUCAAUCAGCUCGAUCACACCACCAUGUAAGUUCCCCUUUCACGCAUUUUCGUUCAGUUCUAGUCUUCUGUUUGCAGACUCGAGAUUGCGAAAGGCUCGAAAACGGCCAAAAGAUGUGUAAGACGUCUCGAGAUGCCCGUCAAACUCUGCUGCGUGUUUAUGGACAUCAACACACGGAUGAGCGUCGCAACUGCCGGCCAAGAAGCGCGGGUUUAUUAUGAAAACCCGGACUGCAGUUGGAGCCCCAAUGAAGUAAGGUGGACAUAUCAGCAAAUGGAGGAAUUGGCGCGAAGAUUGGUGGAGUGUUUCGAAGUGGAGUGCCAUGUCACAAUCGAUUCUCUACUGGACUGCGUCAAGAGCAUCAAGGACCUUUUCGUGUGGAAACACGGAAUCGACUGUCCAUAUAUCGAAGUGCACGAUGCACUGAUGACGGAUGCGGAAUUCGAGUUCCUAUUCGACUACUCGGCGGCGACGCAUGAUAUUCGACCAAUUGGAAGGCAUCUCGUUUUCGAUCGAUUGGGAAGUUGAAGCGCUUCGAUAGACUGUUGGAACGAGUCGAGAUGAUAUACAAAGGGAAGAAUCGUCUGGACUGUCUGCGGUGAGUCUCGAUAAAACGUUGGCCAACCUAAUAAGAGUUGUUUUCAGCAAUGCGCACCGGCGUUCGCUUCAAAGACGUCCAACAAAAAGGCACUGGACGUGUGGCAACCGUGUUGUGGGCAAGUGCGGCCUUUUCUUUCACCGUUUGGCCACAAGAUCUAUGCACUCUUUCAACGUCUUAA